UGGAAAAUAUUUUUGUAAAAUUUCGAUAUCUCUCCUCUUAUCACUUGAGGUUUGCGUGAAUUCGUCGCACUAGUCUCUUCAUUGUCUCUGGAUCUGUGAGCUCAUUCUUCCUUUGCUUCCUCUCUGAUUGCUCUAUAUUUCUCUCUGGAUUACAAAGCAGUUGAUGAUCAAAAACUAAAAGUGCAUAGAAGGAGAAAAACAGCAUGGUUUGGUUCGCAAGUUCUGUUCGCAAAGUUGUGCGCUUGAAUCUGUAUUGCCGUGUUAUUCUGUAAAAUUUCUUCUCUAAACCCACAUCCAAUCUUCUUCUUCUUCUCAUUCUGCAGCCCUUCUCUUCUGUUUAUAUAAUAUCUUUAAUAAUGGGAUCCCAACGUUUCUACGUUUUCCAUUGUGAACAAUAUAGGAUCAUCUAAACGGUUUCUACGUUUUCUCAUUCCUUUUAAAUCCUGAAAUCUUUUUCAAGUCUUUGUCUUUUGCUCCCUUGUCUUCUUUCUCUUUUUUUCUUCUCACGAUCAAUACCUUCUCCUUUUCUUUCAAGUCAUCUUUUUUCCUGUAGCUUGCUCUGUUCUGUGGAGCAUCUGUAUUUUUUCACUCACGUGUUUUGAAAAGUUAUGGUAAGCCAAUCAGCUGGUCAAACAAGAUUUCGAACAUUGAAGUACGAGAACAACGGAGACUCUAAUAACCCAACAAUUGUAGUGAGAGUUAUUGCUUGCUUUCAACCGAUGGAUAAUUGUCAGGCUGAAUACUUUAGACAUAUACUCAAACCAGUGACGUAGUUGGUUUGUGUUUUCGUAUUGUGUCUUCGAGCUGGCAUCUUUCUUUUCUUCAUUUUGUCUCUACUUUCUUUUACGAUUGUUUCAAGAAAGAACCAAGGAGUACUGCGUUCAUCACAUUUGAGCAACAGCUUCCACAAUCGUAAAGUUCCAUUGGCUUAAACUGCAAGAGCAUGCCUCUUGACUCCAGGCAACAGAAAUGGUUGCCAUUGGGCGUAAAUACUCAAGCUACUGAGUCUUCCCGUCCUGGAAUUCCUUUUCCAGAACUUGGUAAAGUAUAUGCAGCUGAGCAUCGGUUCCAGGCCUUACUGUCCGGUUAUGAUAAGCAGUCUUGUGGAAGACAAGUUUCAUGUUUGAACGGGCGGUCUAGCUACGAUGCUGCUCCAGAUGGGGCACUCAAGUCUUCUCAGAAAAGAUUUCUAAUCUUCGAUCACUCAGGAAAUCAGACUCGCUUGUUACAAUCUGGAUUUCCACUGCAGUUUCCUUCUUCUGUGGCUGCAGAGCCAGGGAAAAUUCUCGAUUCCCUAAAGCCAGAGAAUGGGUUUAGUAAAGAUCAUGCCAUUCCAGAAACGAUAUUGCUCCAUGGAGAUCAUGUUGAGAAAUGUUAUGAUGGCAAAGAAGAAGAAGAAGAGUCAGAAAUGCACGAAGACACGGAGGAAAUCGACGCACUGCUGUAUUCUGAUGAUGAAGACAAUGAUGAUUGCGAGAGUGAUGAUGAAGUGAUGAGCACUGGUCACUCUCCUUUCCUAGUUGAACAGCAAGCGUGCGACAAAACAAAAGAAGAAGUGGAUGAAACUGAAAGCAGUGAUGAUGGUCCACGUCGUAAAAGGCAGAAACUAGUGGACCAUUCACACAGAGACUCAUUUGUGGGCACCAAUAGUUUCACUAAACUCAAAGGCUUAUCAGAUGAAAAACUUGGUGAAUCCAACAGCUCAAGCAAACUAGAAACAGGUUCUGGUCUAAGCGACGAGCAAUCAAGAAAAGACAAGAUCCACAUCGCUCUGAGAAUCCUCGAGAGCGUCGUUCCAGGAGCAAAGGGAAAAGAAGCUCUUUUACUACUAGACGAAGCCAUUGAUUAUCUCAAGUUGCUGAAGCGAAACUUAAACUCAUCAAAGGCUAGCAACCAUUGGUGAAAGACUAGAAACCCACUUAUUCCCUCCAUUGAUAAACAUGUUUGGUUGGUUAAAGAGAAGACAAGGGACAAAAGAUAAUCAAUGAGGUAAAGGACUGAAGAUUCUCUCAAAAUUUUCAUUAACGUGCGUUUGAAACAAUUAGGACACGCCUGGUGACCUAGUGGGACCGUAUCCACUGUUCAGCUCAGCUGGAUCAAUAGUGAUCUACUUUUGGAUUUGGCAUGCUCUCAGAUAAAAGAAGGAAAAAAAAAAAGCGACUUUCUUCUGUGCUUGGAGUGGACGAAAAGUGAAAGAAGAAAAAGCUAAGUCUUGGUGCUCAUUGGUCGUUAAUAAUUGUCUUCUUUUUUUUUUCUUCUUCCUUAGUAAUAAUAUGUCUGUGAAAGGUGGUGGUGGUGGGUGUGAAUAUAGAAAAAUCAAAAAGGUAAAACUGAGAUUUUCUUUGAGUAGUAUGUGGACUUAGUUGUGGAAAUUGAAAUAUCUCGCAUGUUCUGUGAA